AUGAGCCGUGGAACCUGUUUGAUACUCAAAUGCCCACCAGCUUAUAACAUCCGACUCCUCCGGCAUGAGAAGCACUUCCUGGAGACAGAACGCAAAGCACUCGAGACAUUGCACGAGUAUACACAAGUACCUGUGCCCCAAAUCAUCAAAUAUGAUAGCCAUGGUGGGCCGCUUGGUGCACCAUUUCUUAUGAUGAGCCACAUGCCUGGUCGCAAGCUCUCGGAAAUCGCGCCAUACAUCUCGACCAGCGAGAGAAACUCCAUCGACCACACACUAGGCACACAUGUCCGCGCUCUUACUGCGCUAUCUGCCACCCAAUUUGGUAUGACACACCGUGUCUUCGUCAAAAAGGGCAGCAAUUCCUGGCGCGAGGCUUUCUUUGCUCUCCUCGAAGCCGCACUACGCGAUGCUGAGGAUAUGCUUGUUAACGCACACUCCGAAAUUAUACGUUUCUGGGUUGGCAAACACGCACACUGCCUGGAAGAAGUUACCGAACCGCGCCUUGUAGCGCUCAAUCUCUGCGACCCGGAGAACGUGCUCAUCGACGAACGUACCAAGCAGGUCAUAGGUCUUGUCGGAUUUUCGAACGUCAUCUGGGGCGACCCUCUCAUGAGCGGCGGUAUCGCGGAUGGCAAUGAAGCGUUCUUCGCCGGCUUGGGAGAUUACCCUGUGAAGACCGGGGGCGCGAGGGUCAGGAUGCUGAUGUACAAGACUUACCGGGCCACGGUGCGGAUCGUCGCACACCAUUACCGGCCGCAUGACGGCAUUGAUGAGCUCGGUGCGAGACGAGAGCUGAGCUGUGCACUCAACGACCUCGCAGCUAUCUGA